GCCAGUGAUUAGCGGCUGCCUGUUUGCUGCAGACGGCUCUGUUAGCUCUGUGUAGUGUGGUGCGAUCCCUCAAGUUCUUGUGGGUUUGUACAGACGUUUUCAGGUAAAAGCAGCUUCUGUGGCGCUUUUCUACUCAACUAAACCUCAGUGCAGCUCAACUUAGUUCCGCCUCAAUGUCCAACACACUUCGCGUCGUCAACUUGAUCCAACAAGUGUCGCGGGCAUCAUGCCGGUGCCCAGCUCACGCCACAGUUUCAUCUGUUCAAGGCAGUAGAGACAGCCACCAUGACCACCAGGUGGACCUUCCAAAGAGCGACUAUGCAUUCGAGAUGGCCUGCUCCAACAUCCGCUAUGGACCCGGGGUGACCCGAGAGGUUGGAAUGGACAUGAACAACCUUGGUGCAAAGAAUGUCUGCCUCAUGACGGACCCUAACCUGGUAAACUUGCCACCUGUUCGAGACACGUUGGACUCUCUUCACCGGCACAAUGUCAACUACAGCCUGUUCAGCGAAGUCUGCAUCGAGCCCACUGAUGACAGCCUCAACUGUGACUCGUGA